UUUUUUUAGAAGCCCAGAGGAAGUCAGAGAGGAGAGAAGAGGGCUGUAGAUGAAGGGACGAAGAGACACUUGACAAACUGCUUAGGUAUGGCUGCCAGAGUGCUAAUUGGCCCAGAUCAGGAUGCCAUUUGCAGCCAGUGGGUACAACCACGAAACAACAGCAGCUCCCAAGCUGAGGGUUAACUUGUCAAAGACACUUCCUCAUCAAAUGACUCUGUCCUGACUCACAUAGGAGUCAGGGGCUGCGGGCCACAGCAUGGGCAACUCCUCCAGGAAGGGAGGGGGAGAUGAUGAAGAAAAAGAGGAGGGGAAGGAUGGUGAGGAGGCAGAAAUUUCAGAGAAGAAGAAAGAAGCAGAGCAGGAAGUAGAGGAGGAACUUCCGCUUGGGGUGGAGGAGUUGUUGGAGAGUGGGGAUCCCGUAUUGGACUUGAGCUACCGUAAAUUUAAGCGUUUGCCUUCACGUGUUUAUGAACUGAUGCAUCUGGAGAAGCUUUAUGUUUGUGGAAACAGCCUGCGCACUCUGCCAGACAGCAUCUCCCAGCUGCAGGGCCUGCGGAUACUUGCCCUUGACUUCAACAAAAUGGAAGAUGUUCCUGUGGCCAUCUGUGAGCUCACUAACCUCACCCGCCUCUAUCUGGGCAGCAACCGGCUAAUGAGCUUUCCACCUGAGCUGAGUAACUUGCAGAAUCUGCGCUGCUUGUGGAUGGAGAGCAACUACUUCCAGAGAUUUCCACGGGUGCUCUAUGACCUACCCCACCUCAAGUCCUUACAGAUGGGAGACAACCGGCUGAAGACACUGCCUCCUGACUUGUGGCGCAUGAAAGCUCUGAGGGGAUUAUGGCUCUACGGAAACCACUUUGACACCUUCCCAAAAGUCCUGCUUCGAAUGGAAUCCUUGGAGAUAUUGGACUUGGACCGCAACAAAAUAUCAGAAUUUCCCCGCUUGAAGCGUCUCCGAGCCCUGCACCUUUUCUCCUAUGACCACAACCCAGUUAAGGAACCUCCUAUAGUGGGCGAAGAUGUCAUAUUGGUUGGGGAAGGAGCUGCAGAGUUUAUGGAGGUGCGGGAGGCCAGGAAGGAGAGAUGGCGGAAGGCUGCAGAGAAAGAGGCAGAGGAGUUGGCACUGGCAGGAGAGGAGCCAGUGAUUCAUGGCAUCCUCAAGAACAGCAGCUCAAAGCAAGCAACGAAUGAAGCUGUAGUGACCAUAGAGGACACGGAUGUUAAAGAGGAAGAGUGUCUGGUGACGGAGGAGGAAGGGGAGGAAGAGGAGGAGGGAGGGUAUGUGGAGCUGCCGGUCACUGACUGUGGGACGGCUGAGCUUGAAUAUGAUGAAGAGGGGCUUGAAUAUGAGACAGAAGAGCUCAUAUGUGAGGGAGAGGGAUUUGAGUUUGAGGGAGAGGAACUUGAGUAUGAGAGGGCUGAGAUGGACUAUGAGUAUGAGGACGUGGAGGAGCUGGAUGACAUGGGGGGACAGGAUGAAGGAGCAUGA